CAUUCAUCGAACUGAACGGGAAGUGUCAUAAGAGUGUCAGGCACUUAUCAAGUCAACGUAAAGUGUCUUUUGGAGUGUUUUGGAUUGGACGUGUUGUCUUUGAAUAAAAAUUGUUUUCACAGUGAUUGUGGUUUAGCACAAUUGCCUUUUUAAAGUAUACCCAGCGUAUUAAUUUUUCUAUUGUUGAUCGUUACCGGUAUUCAGUUCUAAAACGCAAAAUUUCAUUCAUCAACAUGGAUCAAAUUGACGAAUACUUCGAUUUUGCAUUAGGCCUAGUUAAAUCAGCUGGAAGCCUUAUAUCUGAGCAUGCAAAUGGCUGCAAAGUCUUCGAGAAGAAGUCUUGUGACAUUGACCUUGUAACUGAAAUAGAUAAAAAGGUGGAAGACACGCUUAUCGGCGGGUUAUCGAAACAGUUCCCAGAUCACAAGUUUAUUGGUGAGGAGACGGUGGCGGCUGGUGGUAAGUGCGAGCUGACUGAUGCUCCGACUUGGAUCAUUGAUCCGGUGGACGGCACACUGAACUUUAUCCAUGGAUAUCCUCACAGCUGUAUCUCAGUUGGCCUCGCGAUUAAAAAAGAGUGUGUCGCUGGAAUCAUCUACAAUCCCAUCAUAGGGCAACUGUUUACUGCCAAGAAGGGAAAAGGAGCUUUCUACAAUGAUAGACAGAUACAUGUGUCUCAAAUAACAGAGUUGCGCAAUGCCUUGGUUGCAUUUGAAUGUGGCACCAGUCGGGAUGAGGAGAGGUGCAAGAUUGUGUUUGAAAAUUUUAAGCUUAUUGUCAACCAUGGACAUGGCCUGAGGUCUAUGGGUUCAGCUGCCUUGAAUAUGGCUAUGGUGGCCCUGGGUGGAGCUGAUGCCAACUUUGAGUUUGGGAUUCAUGCAUGGGAUAUAGCUGCUGGUGACAUAUUAGUAAGGGAGGCAGGUGGUGUUUGUAUUGACCCUGCUGGUGGCCCCUUAGACUUGCUAUCCCGUAGAGUGCUUUGUGCCAGCACUCCUGAACUUGCUCAAGAGUUGACUAAAACUCUUGUGCAGUUUUACCCAGAGAGGGAUUAGGUAGACGCAUGUGUCAUAAGUAUAAUUGUAUCUAUGUAAAUGUGUGUAAAUCAAGACUAAAUUAACCAAAUGUACCAAAUUAAUAUUACCUAUGCAAUAGGUAUUUACCACUUUAUUUUAUGAUGUGAUAUCAAGUACUUAAUGUUCUGUAAUCUAACAUUUUGUUACUCGUAGUUAAUUUUCAUGUGUUAAAUGUUCUCAGAAGCAGAGAAUGACAUAUUGUGUCCAUGUUUUGGUUUGUGUGAGCUAUUCUGUUUCACACUGAGUUCAUGGAAUUUAAAGUACCUAAUUAGUUUAUUGGCUGUGGAUUGUUUUCAUUACAAUAGCUUGUGUUAACUUGAUAUAUCUGUGUACCAUUAUGGUAACUAUUGACAUGUGCUGAAUUGUUUAACUUUGCUAGCUAAUAUUAUACUUAUUUUUUAUAUUCUUCUUAUUUUGAACCAGUGAUCAGUUAUCCUUAUUUAUUUGAGUCAAGGAAAAAUAUUUGUAAAAUAAUAAAAUUAAUUCCUUUGAAUAAUAUAUUUUUGUUACAAUAUCUUAUGUUAUAAGUUAUUGAGCACCUAUUCAUUGAGUGUCUACUGCUAACAUAGAUCACAAUACAAUAAUUAAAUAAGGUUUUAAUACUUACAGAAAUUAUAAAAAAAUGGGCACACCAUCAGUAUACUCAACUACCCAUAAUGUCCAAAAACUUCAUUAUUCAGUCUAUAAUUUCUGUAACUAUUACUUUAGUUUUCAAUGUAUUACUAGAAGUAUCUUAUUAUUAAACCUUUGUAUUAACUAAAAAUAAAACAGUCUUGGUCAAUCUUGUUUGUCAGUCAGCACUUAUCUAAUUGUCAUGACGAGAUCUGUAAUAAAUAUUGUCGCAUAUAGUAAUUAAUCAUGUACUUAUCUUAGUUUAUAUCAUGAUAUAACAAUAAAGUAUAUUUUAUGUCGGUCUAA